AGCAACAAUGAAGAAAAACAUGGCAAAAUUAGUCCCAAAUUUUACUCGACAGGCAUCCCUGCUGGGAGUUGUUUUCAGAAUUAGGGGCAAGCUAACAAUCGCAUCUCUCAUUCGAGUGUUAUUGUGCGCAGCAGUAUGUACUGCCUUUCUUGGAAAUAUAAUAUUUCUACUGGAGACGCGUAAAAUGAACAGCGAAAGUGAAAAAAAUUUCAUCGAUCGGAAAAAUCUUGGCCGAAUAUCUCUUCGAGAUCGUGAUGUUGCCGGAAGUAAAAUGGAAGAGACCACUAACAAAGGAUAUUUAGAUAUAGAAGUUUACUCCAGCAAAGAAAACGCCUCUGUGGUAGUGAAUGGAAAAAUAGUUUAUCAAGAGCUGAAUCGUCUUGGAAUGAACGUUGUGGUUCUUAAUCAAAACACUGGAGCGGUUACAGCUCGGAGGAGAUUUGAUACGUAUUCAACAAACCAGGAAUCUACAGAAAUGAUGGAAUUCAUCAGUGGUCUGCCAGAUGGACGAAUACUCUGUCUGACAGUUAAGGACGAAGCCACAAUAAGUCUGUUGGCAUCCGCUCGGAGCUACCUCCAAAGCCGUGGUAGCAGCUACAUACAACAGCUACAAUGGCGUGAUAUGUGGGCUUUCGUUACACAACGUGUAAACAAUAAAAACAUGGUGUACGCUGAAGGAUAUCAGCAAUCACCGAGUAACGAUGAGUGGGCGACUCCUGUCAGAAUCCACACUACAGUUCCGAUCUCAGAGCAAAGCACCGUGGAUUGCCAAUGGAUUAAAAAUGAUGACAACCGCCGAAGGAAAGAGUUUUGCGAUAAGUUUGAUGGCUACGAAGAAAUUUGUAAAUGCGAGAAUCCAGAACAGUUAGCUUUUGAGCCGCCCCUACCACCAGAUGGCAGCCGAAUCAACCUUCCACUGCUGAUCAUGGCUAGUAACCGCCCUUAUUACCUGUACAGAAUGCUUAAGACGUUACGACAGGUCCAAGGGUUGAAUCAUACCAUGGUGACAGUGUUUAUUGAUGGAUUUUUCGAGGAACCUGCCUUACUUGCUGGUUUGUAUGGGCUGAAUGUCGAUCAACAAGCGGGAGUCAGUGAACGAAGAGCAAGGAUCUCGCAGCAUUACAAAAGAUCACUUACGGCCUCUUUUGCUCGUCAUGCUGAUGCUAGCGUUGUGGUCAUCCUCGAGGAAGAUCUUGAUGUAUCUCCAGAUAUUCUCACGUUUUUCAAUCAGUUACUCCCGGUCUUGGAAAACGAUGACAGUCUUUACUGUAUAUCAGCUUGGAAUGAUCAGGGUUAUACACAUGCAGUUAAAGAUCCAGCCAUGACCUACAGAGUUGAGACAAUGCCAGGACUUGGAUGGGUUCUGGAGCGAAAACUGUACAAAGAGGAACUUGAACCUCAGUGGCCUGGUCCCGACGUGAUGUGGGACUGGGACAUGUGGGUAAGGAGCCCGCAGGUGAGAAAGGGCCGAGAGUGCAUUAUACCGGACAUCUCUCGCACCUAUCAUUUUGGGGCCAGAGGACUGAAUGUGAAUCCAUACAUGCAGAGGACUUACUUCUCUGCGCGUGCGCUGAAUACUGAGCCAAACGUAACGUUGAACGUGGACAUCAUGUACAAGGAGAGAUAUGAAAAGGAACUACAGCGGUUACUUAGAAAAGCUGUAGUCUUAGAUCACUCAAGGACUCCAUGCACAAACCCAAACGAUUUUAUCCCUUUGACGAAGAACAAGAUCUACGUGUUUUAUAUAAGAAUGGACAGCAUUAACGACUUCACCACGUGGUCAAACGUAGCGAACUGUUUGAAAAUAUGGGAUUUAGAUCCAAGGGGUUUCCAUAAACGUUUGUGGCGAUUGUGGCUAAAAGACAAUCAUGUGUUGAUUGUUGGGUGUCCUGUAUCACCCUACUGUAAUUACAAACCAAGCAGAUUACAACCAAUUCACAUUCCCAAGAAAAAGAAAUCUUGAAAAUAGGGAUUAUAAUAUAUUUGUAAGCAAGACGGAAGCUAGAGUAAAUAUAUGCGUGCGUGGUUAAUUCCUUGCCGGAAAUCCACAUAAAAGUGGAAUAAGAUGCAUCUGUAAUCAUGGAGAAAAAUUUGAACUGUUUGCGCCAGGUAUGCGGAAUGAUAAAGAAAAAAAUUCUGCUUUUCAUUUUCAGCACCGGUCUCUGUAACCUAUCGUUUAUUUAGUGACAAAAAUUCUAGACUUACUAUUUUUAUUCUCACAGAUGACUCCCAAUAAAUCGCAUCCGUUCGCGUUACCAUAAGGGACCUUCGUGAGACCUAAUUCUUAGCAAUGCAUCUAAUGCUGUAUUUGUUUACACUGUUGUUAAAUAAUUCUUCAAUUCAUGAUGUACGUGACUGACUAAAAUUCCCUCCACGUUUUCAUGUGAGUUCAAAACAAUGCGUUUUGAAGCUUUGCCUGAAAAAUAUGACUAAUUAAAGUCAUCUUGUAGUGUUUAUGUUCCCUGAGCGCUAACCACUCGCUCACUACCAGUACAUUGACUCUGAGAACACUUAAAAAAGAGAACACUGAAAAAACCAAAAAACUACUGCGCCGAAAACUGUCUCACAGCCAUCUACAACAAAACAUAUUCCGCUUCGAGUAUCAAAAGUUCCUCUUUGAAAACUUCACCGGUACUUUUUUACUUCUCUGCUGGAACUCAAGUUAUCAAGCUGGAUAUCAGUAGCUUCUUCUUGCUUUUUCUUGAAGUAUCUUCCACCAAAAUAUCCCAACACCCCUCCCCCAAGGGCUAUGGCUGCUCCGGCCUUUAAUCCUAUGGCUAAGCCCAAAGGUCCCCCACACACCCCUCCCACCGCCGCGCCAAUCAGCGGAUAGGUAACUGCUUUGAGUUUGCUGGCCUGAAAAAGUAAAAAAGAAAAAAACAAAAAAACAUGCUAUGUUAAGUAGUGUUGAAAUUAUUGGCAAG